AUGGUCGACAGCAAUCGGUCCCACCGUAUCAGUGGGACACUGGGAAACCUCCAACUCUCCAUGCGAGCAAACUAUGAUCAGUACGGCGUCGACAACUACUACAGAAAGGUAGGAGCAACAUAUCGAAACCCCCAUUUCCCUGGCGUUCGCGCCUGUUUAUACACUUGGCUUGAUAGAUGGUGGGCCCAUGAACGUGGAACCGUUAGAACGAGACCACCCCUGAUAUUUGACAUGGCAUGUGGUAAUGGAGAAGUCACAGUCGCUGCGUACGAAUGGUGGAAAGGCGCAGGUUCGAAACGAAAGAGCCGAGCCCCCCCUUUGGGGGGAAACAUCGGCGCAAACUCAAGCGGUACCUCGAAUCCGAGUAGUUUUCAACACCCACCUGACGUUCACAUCAUGGCCGCCGAUCCAUACACAGUUGAGGCAUACCUAGAACGUACGACGUUGCCUUGUGCACCCCUUACAUUCAUGGAGAUCGCACAGGGUGCCUUACCGCUCGUCAUUUCAUCCUUUAACUCCCUUCGUGACGUCUCGGACUCACAAGCUUCAGCCCCGAAAAUGGAUAUGGUAAUUUGCUCAUUCGCGUUGCACCUGGUAGAAUCACCCUCCGAGCUGUUCGCGUUGCUUUGGGAGCUAAGCGCAAAUGCACACUGGCUUGUCGUGCUUGCUCCUCACAAGAAACCCGAGAUUAAAGAUGGUUGGGGUUGGGCCAAAUGGGAUUGCGAGACCUGGUCUCAAUGCCAAAUGUCCGAUCGUAAGGGAGACUACGUCUUGGAGAGGGUGCAUUGUCGGAUGUACCGCAGUGUCAAUGUUUUGUGA